AUCAGCAUUGUGCUCCUGCAGCAGCUCAGAAAAACUUAAGUUACGUCUUACUUUACCUCUUCUUAGGGAGGCAGAAUAUACCGAAAAUUGCUUAUAUGUUUAUAAUUAAACUACAGAGGCCGUGGAAAGUGCUGCUACAGUGUGACGAGGAGUCCCCGAGUUGAAGUGACCCUCUGCUGCGGUGAAGUUAAACUUUCCUCCGCGGCUACUGGUGGUGUUUAAAGUCCAGCUAACAGCAGUAGCAUCCCUGGCUGCUAUCGAGCAGUUAGCGUCGUAUUUUAGUCACAAUAAUGGCAGCUGUUUGUCAGCAAAGACGAGCGUUGAUGGAAAUACCAGCUCCACAGCCAAAAAUUGCAGCUCGGAUGAGGAGGUCCUACCUGGAAAUUCUAAGUCUUCGCUUGGCUCCAUCUUCUCUAACAAGGGGGAGAAAUACGGCAGCAAAUACAAAGCGCGUGCAGCCAUUGGACUUGCCCAUUGGUGGUGUUUGGAGUGGGAGACUAGAGAUGCAGAGUGAGAAGAUGGAUGAGCAGCAUACGCCCCUCUCCAAACAACAGCUUGUACAGUUAAUCAGAUCCCUCAUCUUAGUUGAACAGAGCCAAGAGCCCAGGAACAUGGUGUCAGACAUGAAGAAUCUCCAGGAAGACUUGCAGCUAAGGAAGGCAAAUGUUUACAGGUCCAUACCAUACUCGCGUUUUGGCUCCAACAGGGAUGCUCACUGUUACAGAAAGGCAUAUCCUCACCUCGUUGCAUUUAAAGUUUCAUGUCAGGAGUGGGGCCAGGUUCUUCUGAGAAACGAAGAAUGGGAUGCUGUGUUGGAGCAUGCACUGAUGGCGUGGCGCUACACCAGCGAGCUGCCACAGUGGGAUACGGUGAACCACAACGCCAUGAGAGAACAGUGUUACAGCAUUCUGGCAGCUCACAUCCACGCUGCACUCCAGCACUACCAUUCUGACCCCAGCAGGGGGCGUGAGCUCCUCAGAAGGUUGAAAAUGGCUCAGGUCCAUAGCCAGUCAAUUACGCCGUGUAUUCAUGAGCUGCAGAGGAUGAUGGGAUGUGCUGACGACUCCUCCAUGGAUACAAAAUAACACGAAUAACCCUAUCUGACUUGGUGCUAAGUGACAAUUGACCUUAAAAUGGAUGUUUAAGGGCCAAAGAAUGUGUUUGUGAAACCACUACAGUGAUAUUCCAAAGGGCAGGGAGCAACUGCAAAUGUUAAUGCCAUAUGAAGCAAAUCACAAUUUUUAUAUCAACUGGGAACUGUGAUGUAUCACUUGUCAGUUUAAGUUUGAUUUUUGUUCAGACACGCCUCCACACCAGAAGUAUUCAGUUCAGCUGUACAUUUUUAGAAACGUGUAUAGAUAAACUUUUGUGUUGACUGCUGAAAUGUGAAAAAGUAAAAAAAAAAUGGUCUUUUGUGUUCCUUUAUGUGUGUCUUUCUGUUCAUCAUACUUGAAAGUAUUGUCUUUGUUAUCUUUUAGAUAUGCUUUGUGUGUUUUUUUUUGUUUGUUUGUUUUAUGUCU